AUGACAGAACACGCACACGAGCACUACCUCCAUAUUCCUAUCGCUGACGGUCUGAUGCCCUCAGUCGCGGCUCAGCACCUCACCCUUACGUACUCUGACGAAACCGGACGAGUUAUAGGAGGACGAGCCUGGGAGCGGCGCAAGCAGCAUAUACUUGCCAACCCCGCCAUGAUCGGCGCCCAGGAUUCGGAAGCUCUCCUCUCCAUGGCUAAGCGCAACUUCAUCACCCACCCCGAUUCUGGCGCUCGAGAGCGCGCAACAGUGGCAAUUAGCUGCGUUGAAAUGAGUGCGCUGCUCGACCUUUGCACCGCGCGCAUACCCGAAGGCGCAUGCACGCGUCGCAAUCUAGCUGCCGCCCUCGACCGCAUGGCCAGCGACACGACGUCACAAACACAGCACUCGGUGAAGGAAAUGAUUCAAGAAUAUAGACUGCGCAUCAUUGUGGACGCGCUGCUCGACGCAAAAGCCGGCGGACUGCUCCCGCAAGACAUAUCAAGGUGGUCAGCGGAAAAGGGCUUGUUUUUGACAAACUGGACAGUGGAGGUGGGCUAUGGUUCGUUGGGGGUCGCUAGGCUGCGCAGAGAUCAGGUGGCCGCGAGAUUCACUCCAGACGGGCAAUUUCUGCUAGAUGCGGCGGCAAACGAGGCAAAUGUCGCGGUGCUCAGGAGGGUAAUGCCAAGCUGGGACAUUGACGAGCGCUACACAUUCCUCAUAAACAUUGCCAAGCGUGGUGACAUACAGUUGCUUGAGUGGCCUGAACGCCAUAGAUGGGAAACCUCGAACCACCAUUACCUAGUUUGUAGAUAG